AUGGAACAUCUCUUUUGUGACUGCGUUUCUGCAGAAUGGGUGUGGGGUGCUGUGAACAUUAAUCAAGGGAAAGACAUCAUCAGUUUUUUAAACCUCUCGCUGGGUAGUGGAAAUGAGGAGGAAGUGGUGCGUCUUGCUACUGCCUUCUGGACAAUUUGGCUGUGGCGAAAUGAUGCUGUGUGGAACAACAAAGUGUUAGAUGUAGUGAGCGCUCGCGACGAAAUGCUGCGGCUAUGUCUUGGCUGGAAAGAGGCUUACGACACUAUGGGGCAUCCGGCACACCAGGCUGCUAUGUGGACGCCACCUCCGCGGCAUACACUCAAAUGUAACGUAGAUGCGCCAUCUUCCAUCGAAGGAGCCAGCUAUGGCGCUGUGGUCCGGGACCAUGCCGGUGAUUUUGUGGCGGCGAAAAGCGGACGCAUCGAGGGGAUCGUUGACCCAUACAUGGCUGAAGCGAUCGGUGUCAGAGAAACGUUGUCGUGGCUUAAAGAGCAACACCACAGGAGUAUAAUUAUUGAGUCUGACUGUUUAAGUUUCUGUAAUGCUUUUAAUUCUAGUUCUUUUGAUUUGUCAUAUGUUGGUUUGAUAGUUAAGCAAUGUGUGUCGAUUGCUAGGGACAUUGGGGAUGUUAGCAUUACCCAUGUCAGGAGGUCAGCGAACUGCGUGGCUCAUGAGCUAGCUCGGGCAACCGGUUCUACAGCUGCCUCGGGGGUGUGGAUCGAUAUCCCACCAAGUUGUAUUGCUCGUUUUUUCACUCAGUAA